UGGAGCGGAGGCUGGAAGUGCACGAGCAGCUGCUGGCCCUGCGGCACUGGCUGGAUGCCGUGGAGAAGAGGCUGCCUGCCCUGCCGGAGCCCGGCCAUGCCCUGCAGGCCGGGAUUUGAGGCGGGGGCCCGGCGCCCGUGCCUGUGCCAUGGGGAACUCGGUGAGCCGGCCCAGCUGCCUGGGCGAGAAGAGCCGGCGGUCGGAGGAGCUCCUCCGGGAGCCGCAGCUCCGGGACCUGGGGCUGGACGCGGGGCAGCCACCCGGCAGAAGCAUCGCGGAGGCCUGGCCGGGGCCGCUGGAGAAGCCGCCGGCGCCGGUGGAGAACGGCUGGAGCCCAGUACCCAGUGCCGGCCGGAGCCCGCCGGGCAGCCCCCUGCUGAAGCGCAGCCAGUCGGAGGUGGCGGUGCAGAACGGGAGCACGGCCUGCGUCCCGCUGAAGGGGCAGGGGCAGGCAGGGGGCGCAGCCUGGACACCCCCCCGGGCCAGCGCCCCCCGGAGCACCUGGUCCUGGAAACCCGUCACCACCCGGGAGGUGACGGAGGUGACGGAGGUGACCGAGACCAUCGUGACGGAGAUCGUGGAGGUGACCGAGUACCCGGCCGGCGAGAAGGGCGGCGAGCCCCUGGUCACCCGGACGGUCACGGUGCUGACGGAGCGCGCCGGGGAGCUGGCGGCCGGCGGCCGCUCCGGACACACGGAUGCUGCAGAGGUGUCCCUGCGGGCUGUCCCUGUCCUGGAGGAGGCGGUGGGCACGGAGCGAGCCCAGGACACGCUGGAGAGCCUGCUGGCCUGGGUGGCGGACAUGGAGGAGCUGGUGAGCAACCAGAAGCCGCCCUCGGCGGAGGUGAAGGUGGCGAAGGCCCAGCUGGAGGAGCAGAAGCUCCUGAAGCGGCUGCUGGAGGAGCGGAGGCCGCGGGUGGAGCUCAUCCUGCAGGACAGACCCGUGCCGCCGGCACACGGCUCCGGCACGCUGGUGCCCGAGGGGAGCGGCAGCCUCUCUGGCCUCGGGGAGAAGUGGGGCAAGCUGAUGCAGGAGGCUGAAGCCAGGUACGGCUGCCUGGAGCGGAUCCUGCCAGCGGCACAGGACUUCCAGGAGGCUGUGGACUCCUUCCAGGAGUGGCUCGGUGCCACGGAGCGGCAGCUGGCCCAGCUCUGGCGCGCCAACGGCUGCGUCAGCCGCGUGCAGGACGCCCACCGGCAAACCCAGGCCCUUUGCGAGGAGAUUCGCGGCCGGCUGGGAGAGCUGGAUGGCGCCCUGGAGAGCGGGCAGCGGGUCCUGGAGAUGGUGACAGGGGAGGAGGCCCAGUUGGCACAGGAGAAGAUGGAGUCCCUGAGGAUGCGGUAUCUCAUCGUGGGCCAGAGCAGCGCCGACACCAUGCACCGGCUGGGGCAGACCCUGGAGGCUUCGUCCCGCCUGGGCGCUGCCCAGGAGGACCUGGCGCUUUGGCUGGGCCGCAUGGAGAAGGAGCUGGCCUCCUGGGACAGCCAGCACGGCGGCCAGGAGCCCGCGGUCAGCACGAGCGACAGGGAAAAGUUUGAGCAGAUUCUGGACUCCCAGCUCGCCCGCUUGGCUGGGCUUGGCGAGCGGCUGGAGGAGAUCGGCCGGGUGCAGCUGGAUGCCCAGGCCCUCCGCUCACAGCUCUCCGAUCAGAAGCUGCUCUCCGCUGAGAUCCUGCACCACCGGGGACUGGUGGAGCGUCUGCUGGAGAUCUCGGACCCGCUGCUCCGCUCCUGCCCCGAGCCCCUGCAGCAGCACCUCCAGCCCUCGGUGCAGGCACUGCGGGAGCGCACGGAGCAGCUCUUCCUGCGCAGCGGAGCCUGUGCCGUGCAGCUGGAGCACGCCCAGUCCCUGCUCGCCCAGUUCUCCGAGGCCCACGAGGAGCUGUCGCCCUGGCUGGAGGAGACGCAGGUCGUCGGGGUGCAGCUUUCCCCCAACGCCAUCAGCUACGAGGCCUUCAAGGAACAGCAGGCAUUGCUGCAGUGCCUGCGGGAGGCCAUCGCAGAGCACCGUCCCCUGAUGGGGAAGCUGCAGCGUGUCUCGGCGCAGCUGGUGGAGCUGAGCCCGGAGCAGGGUGCCCCGUUCCAGCAGCGCUGGCGGGAGGCGGAGGAGCAGUAUGGCUGCAUCCGUGAACGCGUGCGCCAGGCGGCUGCCCUGCUGGAGGAUGCUCUGCCACGUUACAGCCAGCUGACCGAGCGUAUGGACCUGCUGCUGGAAUGCCUGGAGCGGCUGCAGAGCCGCCUGCAGAGCCAGCCCUCUGUCCGCGGCGAUGCGGCCCACCUUCGGGAGCAGAUCCGCGAGAACAGCCUGGCCCUGGGCGAGCUGGAGAAGCUGGGGGUGGCCCUGGAGACCGUCCAGGCGCAGGGCAGCGAGCUGCUGGCCAGCAUGCAGGCAGCAAACUCCGAUGCAGCUGCCAGAGGGAUCCAGGAGCGGACGGCACAGCUGCUGUCCCAGUGGGGCUGCCUGCGGGGCCGCUGCCAGGAGCAGGAGCGCUGGCUGCGGGAGCUGCUGGCGCUGGCCGACCGCUUCUGGCACGGUCUCUCCGAGCUGGCCCUGACGCUGAGCGACACCCAGCAGCUGGUGCUGGGGCUGGAAGAGGCCGGCGGCGAGCCCGAGGCCAUCCGCACACGGCUCCGCACCCUGCAGGCGCUGCGAGAGGAGAUCGACUCGCUGCAGGGUGAGCUGGACACGCUGGGCAGCCUGGGCGUGGAGCUGAUGUCCUCCUGUGGGGACCCUGACAAGCCCGAUGUCACCAAGAGCCUGGACGAUCUCUACUCCUCCUGGCACAGCCUGAACAAGGUGUGGACGGAGCGGUACGCCCGCCUCGAGGAGCAGCUCCAGGCCUCCGUCAGCUACCAGGAGACCAUGCAGCGGCUGUUCGAGUGGCUGGACACGGCCGAGCUGCGCAUCGCGGAGGAGUUCCUCGUUGGCGGGGACCUGGACAUGGUGCAGCAGCAGCUGGCAGAGCUGAAGGAGUUCAAGAGGGAGCUCUAUCAGUGCAAGGUGGACGUGGAGAGCCUGCGGCACCAGGCCAGCCUGGGGGGUGCAGGGCAGGGGGACCCCCCGGCCCCUCUCAGCGAUUUCCGCCAGCGGUGGGACCGCCUGGAAGAGGAGAUCGUCAGCCGCCAGCACCAGCUGGAGGCGGCUCUGCUGGGCCUGGGGCAGUUCCAGCACCAGCUGGAGGAGCUGCUGCAGUGGUUGUCCCGCACCGCCGAGCAGCUGCAGGGCCCGACGCUGCUGCGCCUCGACCUGCAGAGCUGCGAGAUCGAGCUGGCCAAGCACAAGGUGCUGAGGAACGACGUGAUGUCCCAUGCCCGCACGGUGCAGUCCGUCAACGAGGCCGGGCAGGGCUUGCUGCUCUCCAGCCUGGGGGAGAGCGUGGAGGGGCUCCAGCGCAGCCUGCAGCAGCUCAACCAGCGCUGGGACCUGGUGCAGAGUGAGACCGAGAGCCGCCAGCUGGAGCUGGAGAACAACCUCAGCCAGGUGCAGGACAUCACGCUGGAGAUCACGGAGCUGCUGCAGUGGCUGGAGCAGGUGGAGCUGCAGCUCUUCUUUUCCAAGCCGGCGUGGGGCCACCCGGACACCACCAAAGAGAAGCUCACCGCGCACCUGGAGCUAUGCAAGGAGAUGGAGUCCAAGCAGGAGGCGUACAGCAGCGUGCGGGAGCGGCUGCAGCGGCUGCUGGCCUCCUGCCGCGCCGGCCGGCCCUGCAGCACGGAGCACAGCCUCCGCAUCCUGGAGCAGAAGUGGGAGAGCGUCCACGCCGAGGCCCAGGAGAGGAAGGAACGCCUGGCCGAGGGGCUGACGGUCACCACCGAGUUUCACGGCACCGUGCAGGAGCUGCUGCGCUGGGUGGCUCACGCGGAGGAGCUCCUCGGCUCCCCCGCGCCGCCCAGCUUCGUCCUGGACACCGUCACCGCGCAGAUCCAGGAGCACAAGGCCCUGGUGAAGGAGGCGAAUGCCCACGGGGAAAAGCUCAGCGGCCUGGAGGCUGUCGCGUCUCGCUUGAAAGACUUCAGCAGGAAGCAGGAUGGUGCCGUCAUCCAGAACCUGGUGCUGACGGCCAGGGAGCGGCUGAGCAAGGUGCUGCAGCGGACGUCGGAGCGAGGAGCGGCGCUGGAGGAGGCACGCAAGCGCACCAAGCAGUUCAGCGAGUCCCGGCGGCUGCUCCUGGACUGGAUGGACGAGGUGGAGCAGAGCUUGGAGGUGCCGCAGGACACUGCUACGAGCCAGGAGGAGAUCAAGUGCCAGCUGGCUGAGCACAAGGCUUUCCAGAAGGUGCUGCGCUCGAAGCGGCCGGUGUACGAGGCCACGCUGCGGAGCGGGCGGGCGCUGCGGGAGAGAGCCCAGCUCCCUGAGGACCUGCAGCCGCUGGAGGAGCUGCUGGGGGAGCUGAAGGAGCGCUGGGAUGCACUGUGCAGCCGGGCUGUGGAGAGGCAGCACAAACUGGAGGAGAACCUGCUCUUCUCGGGCAAGUUCACGGAUGCACUGCAGGCCCUCAUGGACUGGCUGUACCGGGCUGAGCCGCAGCUCAGUGAGGACGUGCCUGUCGGAGGGGACCGGGACCUGGUCGGUGACCUCAUGGACAAGCACAAGGUCUUCCAGAAGGAGCUGGGCAAGCGAGCCAGCUGCAUCAAGAUGCUGAAGCGCUCGGUGCGGGACCUGACCCGCGGCAGCAGCAGCGUCGACUCCCAGUGGCUGCAGAAGCAGAUGGAGGAGCUGAGCACCCGGUGGGACCUGGUCUGCAAGCUCUCCGUCUCCAAGCAGGCCCGGCUGGAAGCUGCGCUCCGGCAGGCGGAGGAGUUUCACACCCUGGUGCAUUCCUUCCUGGGUCGCCUCUCCGAGUCGGAGAAAGCCCUCAAGUACGGCGUCUUCCCCGAGGAGGAGCUGGCCGUGCAGGAGUGCCAGAACCAGCUGCAGGAGCUGAUGAAGUCCCUGCAGUGCCAGCAGCUGGAGCUGGAGUGCAUCACCUCGCUGGGGGAGGAGAUCCUCUCCACCUGCCACCCGGACUCCGUCAUCACUAUCAAGUCCUGGGUCACGGUCGCUAAGAGCCGCUUCCAGGAGGUGCUGAGCUGGGCCCAGCAGCAGGGUGAGCGGCUGCAGGCGCAGACCGCCAGCCUUGCGGCCGAGCGGGAGGAGAUGGCCCAGCUCAUCGACUGGAUCACGGCCGCCGAGGAGGCACUCAGCCUGCGGGACCAGGAGCCGCUGCCGGAGGAGGCUGAGCAGCUGGAGGAGCUCAAUGCCCAGCACACGCAGGUGUUCAUGGAGGAGCUGAACCGCAAGCAGCCCGAUGUGGAGAAGGUCACCAAGAGCUGCAAGCGGAAGCUGGCCGCGGAGCUGGGCCCGCCGGCUGCCCGCCGACUAGCCACACGUCGUCGCAGCACGGGGAAGGCGCAGGGCGCGCCGGCGGUGCCGCUCGGGGGGCUGGAGCCCCAGACGCCCCUCAUGGCCCAGCUCCUGCACCGCUGGCAGCAGCUCUGGCUUCUGGCCCUGGACCGGCAAUACCGGCUGGAGACGGCCCUGCAGCGCCUGCGAGAGCUGGAGGAGUUUGCUCACUUUGACUUCGGGGUCUGGAGAAAACGUUACAUGCAGUGGAUCAGCCAAAUGAAGUCCCGUGUCCUGGAUGUUUUCCGAGGCAUCGACAGGGACCAGGACGGCCGCAUCAGCCAGCGGGAGUUCAUCGAGAGCGUCCUCUCCUCCAAGUUCCCCACCAACGUCUUGGAGAUGAACGCCGUGGCGAGCAUCUUCGACAUGAAUGGCGACGGCUUCAUCGACUACUACGAGUUUGUCAGCACCCUGCACCCCAACCGGGACCCGCUGCGCCGGACCGCCGAUGCCGACCAGAUCCAGGACGAGGUGAACAGGCAGGUGGCCCAGUGCAACUGUGCCAAGCGCUUCCAGGUGGAGCAGAUCAGCGCCAACAGGUACCGGUUCGGGGAGUCCCAGCAGCUGCGGAUGGUGCGGAUCCUGCGUAGCACCCUGAUGGUGCGGGUCGGCGGGGGCUGGAUCGCGCUGGACGAGUUCCUGGUGAAGAACGACCCCUGCAGAGUGAAGGGAAGGACCAACCUGAAGAUCAACGAGAAGUACCUGUCCCCAGAUGCCUUCGGGGCCGCCGCGGCCAAGUGUGCGGGGAACCAGUCGGCCCCCUCCUCCAAAGUGCUGUCCCCCAGCCGCUCCAACUCCAGCCUCAGCCUCUACAGCAGCGCCUCGGCCCCCAGCAGCCCCCUGGCCAGGAAGUCGGUGCUGCGGAGGACGCGCUCCGGAGACCGGUGCCCCCGCUCCCGCGGCUCCCUGCUGCCCGACGGAGCUGAGCUGCAGUUCACCGCGGCCGAGGAGAGCCUGGCCGUGGCACCCCCAGAGCCACCCGAAGGGUCCCCCCCCGGAGCGCUGCAGCCCCUGCCGCUGAGCACCCCCAGCCGCCCGCCCUGCGCCCAGCACCCUCGGCCGGCCCCACUCAGGACUCUCCUCCCCGGCGGCCGCCCGCCCCGAGGCUGGAGGAUGGCGAAGCCGCGGCCGUGCGCCCCGUGGGUCUCCGGCCCGGCGCUGCGGCCCCCCGAGCGGGCGCCCGCCUGCAAGGGCUGAGCUGUCUGUCCAUCACCGAUCCCGCUGGAUCUGGUCCCAGCGUAUAUGCAAGCAUCCCCUGACACACACCAAACCGCCCUCGGGCUCUGGCUGGCAUGGCCCCCUGCCCCACCGCUCCGCCAGGCAGCAUGGGGGGGGGGACACCGAGCCCCGAUGCCCUGCUCGCUCCGAGCGCCCGGGGCAGCUGCAGGCUGCCGGGAGCAUCCCGCGGCUGUAGGGUCAGCCAGGGCUGUGGCAGCCCAGACGCCCCUGGGCUGGGCCCUACCCCUCUCCCCCCAGGCUCCCGUGCCAUCAUCGGGGUGGCUGCUGGUGCCCCCGGGCAUUUGGCAUUGCUGGUGGGGGGGUCCCCCCGUCCUGCUGCCCCCACGCCGGUGGGAGGUGGCUGAGCUCAGUACCCGGGCACCAGGGCCCCUCGCCGGACGCAGAGCCCCGUUUCUGGUGCUAACCCUCACCCCUUGGGCUUUCGGUGUGUGUGCACGGGGCCCCAGCUACAGCUGCCCCCCCCCCCCCCCCACCCCGGCAGGGCUGGGGCUGCCACGGGCCGGGGGGGGGUCCCUCGCGCCCGUGCCCCCGUCCCGCCUGCAGCACCCGCGGGCGGUGGGACCCCUGCCCUGCUGACGCAUGCUCACGUCACCCCGCUAACCGGACAGCAGUAGAGCUGAAUGUAACCUUGGCCGGGCACGGCCCUGCCAGCCACAAUAAAGAGUAGGUUUCUUUUUCUAUGA